AAAACAGUGUCUACUAUCUAUCAUCAGCAGCAUCAGACGUCGGUACUAGUAGCAGAAGCCGCGGCAGGAUGACCACGAAGACGUGGAGCCUAUUUUGGGGCUCAAAUUUCGUGAGAGCGCCCCUGCAGAAUGGAGUAGGUCGAUAUGUACAGCAGCUGCAGAGGAUUACAUUCAAGUUUUGCAAGACUCACGGAGGCAGCAAAGGCAUGAGGGAAUACAUAGAGAAGGAGCUGAUAGGAUUUGCUCGGGAGAACCCUGGUGUUGUGGUGUAUGUCAAGCCUCGCCGCCACCGCUCCCCUUGCCUCAAGGCUGAGUACUUAAAUGGGGGCGAGGAUUACAUAUCAACCCAUGUGAACACUUGUGAGGACAUCGUGAAAUGGGUGGAGUAUCUAAGAGGCCGAUCUGGCUAUCCCAUUGAAAGGCUGAGGAAGUACCACCACACAGAUUAUCCUUCCAUCCAAGGCCCAUGGACCCCCUGGACCCACCGCCACCCCAGCAUCAACUUCAAGGAGUAUCCCUGUGAGGAACUGUCAGCUGUUCAUCCAACAGAGAUCUCUGCCACCCAGAAACUUCUAGAGCUGUAUGAGCAGCAAAAGCAGCAACAGGAAGGAGUGGAGAGCACCACUUCAUGAUGCUAAACUGCCCCUAAAGCUUACUUGUUGUACAUAGUGUGUUAUGUUGUUAUUGUACAACUUUAGAUUAAAAUUAAACUAGUUAUAUUUCC